UUGUAGCUUUCCGUCCUGAUGAAAAUAUCAAAGUGUGCAGUGUCCUUGUGUUGUAUCAGAGAGCGGAGGUGUCGCAGUCAGUGGCGGAGCAUCAGCGGGGCAGAGAGGGUAGACUGUCCGGCCUGGAGUGUCACUGUCGGGCUUCAGGAGGCACAAGUUUCCACCUCUGACUGACUGAUCCCCGGCUUGUGGAGCCGCUUUCUCCUUGGAUGACCUACACGCAACCUCUCGCAGGAGCAGCGGACGCCGGUUUAUUACAACUGAACACCUGCUGGUUAGGAGGUGCAGCGGAGUGCGUAUUAAUAUACAGCGGGCAACAAGUCAGGCGAGUCUCUUGCAGGCUUCAGGCCGACUCUGGAGCAGCUGACCCGGGGAGCAUAACAAGGCACGCUGCGAAUUUCUUUCUACCAUCGUGGCUGCGUCAGGAGGAGCGAGCAGAGACCUGGAAGUUGCAGAGUUGACAGUCAAUGUGUACACCUGAAAUUUGACGAGCCAGACAGGACUUUAAACACAGACAAGAAUAUCUUGGCGUUCACAUGAUGUACACAAUCACCAGAGGUCCCAGCAAACUUGUUACACAACGGAGGACAGGUCCCACACAACAAAUCGAGAGCAAAUUCAGCGACUUGAAGCUCAAGCCGACGUCUUGGCUCUCGUCAAACUCUCCGCCCCCAAAGAUUGUGUUCAAUCGUCUCAACGGGAAGCGCUACCACGGUGCAGCCACACAGAAGACUGCCACCCCGGCAGAGGGAUUCACUCCUGCACAUGAAGAGAACGUCAGAUUUGUGUAUGAAGCAUGGCAGGAGGUGGAGAAGAAGCUGGGGGAAGGGGACUGUGGGGAGUCAACUGACAGCCACGUGCCCAUUCAGUACACUGAAAAGACCCCAGGUGCUGCGAUGAAGAGUAAGUGACUGACUGUUCCCUUGCUACGUUAACACAGGUUAUAAAUCUGAUUACCAUACUAUUCUUCAAAGAACACAACAAAGUGAAUCCGCUGUCAUGAAAUCUAAUCUCACUACUCACAGUUUUAUUGCAUCCAGACAGAAAGUCCUCUUCCUGCUUUGUAACCUCCUGAACUUUGAGCCAGUAAUU